UUGGCUUAUUUUGGAAGGCAAAAACGUCUUCCUCUCCAAUAUUCUAAUUCAGUUCAGCCAAUUCUUGUUGCUAAAUGACAGCUACCCAAAACAUAUAAAAGGCUUUAACAGAUAUUAAACGUUCAUAAAACACAGAGAGAUAGAGACAAAAGAAAUACGAUUUGUUGAUGAGUUUGCUGGCGAGAAUGAUGAUUACCCACCAUCCCCACCAUCGCCAACAACAACAUAAUUCAGUCUUGAGACCAAAGAAACUGAAACAUCUUAACCUCCUUGGCUCACUUCACCUUCACACUUUCUCUUCUUGUUCUUGACUUUCCUUUCCUUGCAACUGCUUGUCAGUUGAUGCCCUUGUAUCUCAAUGGCAACUUCAAGAUUCAGGGUUUUGUUUUCCAGGAUUCUUGUUGGGUUAUACCUUCUUUAUAUUUUCCUAGAACCUAAGGAUUUCGCCACUGCAGGGUUUAAUGAGAUCCUGGUCGACCCUGAUAAAACUGAUCCAGAUAAUGAUGCUAAGUUUGAAGUCCUCAUCCAUGAUACCAAUGAUCCUUUAACCAAUGCCACUAUUAGUACUGCUGGUAAUGGUGACGGUAGAAGACAUGAGCUUUGCGGUACUGAUCUAAGUUUUCUUGAUCCACCAUAUGGCAACAUAUCCACUUCCAAUAUGGUCUGUUCUCCUAUAUGGAAUACCUUUGUUUUGAGGUAUUAUGAGAGAGCAGAUAAAGUCAUGACAAUCAUACUAUCGGCAGUCUACACAACUGGAUGGGUAGGGAUUGGUUUUUCGAGGAAUGGAAUGAUGGUUGGAUCCAGUGCCAUGGUGGGAUGGUUUAAUAGAAAAGGUCACGCAAGAAUUAAGCAAUACUACUUGCAGGGUGCCCAUGUAUCACAAGUCAUCCCUGACAAGGGUGAAUUGCCCCUUAACAAUAUUCCACCGGUUGUGGCCCUUCAUGGGGCCAUGAUUUACUUGGCAUUUGAAGCGAAGUUCGAACGUCCUCUUGGUCGGCAACCUAUUAUAUUGGCUUUUGGAAGCAGAUAUCCUACCCAUUUGCGCCUAACUAAACACGACGACAAGACGGCCGUUUUAUUUGACUUCUCUCAAGCGUCCGUUUUAAACAUAGACAUGAGCCAGAAAAAGAAUCAUGGGAUAUUGGGUAUCAUAGGAUGGGGUUUAAUCCUCCCUGCGGGGGCAAUCGUUGCGAGAUACUUAAAGCACGAAGAUCCACUAUGGUAUUAUCUUCAUGCUGGGAUUCAAUUUCUAGGAUUCAUCAUAGGACUCGCUGCUGUUGUCCUUGGAAUACAACUUUACAGAAGCAUGAAUGCCGAUAUUCCAGCGCAUAGAGGCAUAGGAAUCUUUGUGCUUGUGCUUAGCAUUCUUCAGAUAAUGGCAUUUUUUCUACGGCCCAAUAAAGAUUCCAAGUACAGACGAUAUUGGAACUGGUACCACCAUUGGUUUGGAAGGAUCGCCCUAUUUUUUGGAUCUUUGAAUGUAAUAUUGGGAAUUCAAGCUGCAGGUGCAGGGGAUGAAUGGAAGAUUGGCUACGGAUUUCUUCUAGCUAUAACUCUAGUUGCGGUUAUUGUUUUAGAAGCAUUAUCGUGUCUGCGAAGAAGAGACGAGUCUAGUCUGCCGCCAACCUUCCAAAUGAAUCCAAUUUAGUAGCUCAUGUUCAAAU